AUGACCACUGCUGUCGCAGAGGAUGGACUCCGAAUUGCGCAGACGCGUCUUCGUGCUCACGAGCUGGGUACUCCGAAAAACGUGGCGCUCGCUGCGGGCGGCGGCGACAAUAGCGCGCAUUAUGUCCUCGGGAACCGCAGGCGUAGCAGACAGGAGCCUUGCGAUCACUGUCACCACCCACUCCACUACAAGUACAACCACAACUACAACCACAACAACGACGACUACAACCACUACCACGACAACUACAACCACUACAACUACCACCACUACAACCACUACAACUACAACCACUACAACUACCACCACUACAACCACUACCACGACAACCACUACCACAACUACAACCACUACAACUACAACCACUACAACUACCACCACUACAACUACCACCACUACAACCACUACCACGACAAGUACCACCACUACAACCACUACCACUACAACCACUACCACGACAACCACUACCACGACAACCACUACCACGACAACCACUACCACUACAACUACUACCACUACAACCACAACUACAACCACCACUACAACCACCACGACUUCAACAACUACUACCACAACCACUACAACCACUACUACCACCACAACUACUACGCCAGCCUCUACGACUAG